GCAGCCCUGCGCCUGCGCCCUGGGCAGUUACCGGUGAGCUUGGGAGAACCGUGGGCGCUGAGGCGCUGUAGGUGGCUCCCUCCCACCCCAAGGAUUUCAGAGAGAAACGAGUUGGAAUCUGAGAAGUGAGGCUCCAGGUAAACUGUAAACUGCUGGAAGGGUGCGAUGGCUGUGGCCCUGGGUUGUGCAAUCCAGGCGUCCUUGAAUCAAGGCUCUGUGUUUCAAGAGUAUGAUACUGACUGUGAAGUUUUCCGUCAGCGCUUCAGGCAGUUCCAGUACAGAGAAGCAGCUGGGCCUCAUGAAGCAUUUAACAAGCUCUGGGAGCUUUGCUGUCAAUGGCUGAAGCCAAAGAUGCGCUCUAAGGAACAAAUCCUGGAGCUGCUAGUGUUGGAGCAAUUCCUAACUAUCCUGCCCACAGAGAUAGAGACCUGGGUGAGGGAGCACUGCCCAGAGAAUAGAGAAAGAGUUGUGUCACUGAUAGAAGACUUGCAGAGAGAACUUGAGAUACCAGAGCAGCAGGUUGAUAUGCAUGACAUGCUCUUGGAAGAACUGGCACCAGUGGGAACAGCACACAUACCACCAACCAUGCACCUAGAGUCACCUGCACUCCAGGUAAUGGGACCUGCCCAGGAGGCCCCAGUAGCAGAGGCGUGGAUCCCACAGGCAGGGCCACAGGAGCUGAACUAUGGUGCUACUGGAGAAUGUCAGCCCUUUCUAGACCCUGGAUAUCCAUUACCAAAACUUGACAUGAACUUCUCAUUGGAGAAUAGAGAAGAGCCGUGGGUGAAGGAAUUACAGGAUUCUAAAGAAAUGAAACAAUUACUUGAUUCCAAGAUAGGUUUUGAGAUCGGGAUAGAAAAUGAAGAAGAUACUUCAAAACAGAAAAAAAUGGAGACCAUGUAUCCAUUUAUUGUAACUUUAGAGGGGAAUGCUCUCCAGGGUCCCAUUUUGCAAAAAGACUAUGUACAGUUAGAAAAUCAAUGGGAAACCCCCCCAGAGGAUUUACAGACAGAUUUAGCAAAACUGGUAGAUCAGCAGAACCCCACUCUGGGAGAGACACCUGAGAACUCCAACUUGGAAGAACCUCUCAACCCCAAACCCCAUAAGAAAAAGAGUCCAGGAGAGAAACCUCACCGAUGUCCUCAGUGUGGAAAAUGUUUUGCUCGGAAGUCACAACUUACUGGGCAUCAGAGAAUCCAUUCAGGAGAAGAACCUCACAAAUGCCCUGAAUGUGGGAAAAGAUUCCUUCGUAGUUCAGACCUUUAUAGACACCAACGACUUCAUACAGGGGAGAGACCCUAUGAAUGCACUGUAUGUAAAAAGCGAUUCACUCGGCGGUCACAUCUUAUAGGGCACCAGAGAACCCAUUCUGAAGAAGAAACAUAUAAAUGUCUUGAGUGCGGGAAAAGUUUUUGUCAUGGAUCAAGUCUUAAAAGACAUCUGAAAACUCAUACAGCUUUAGAUGUGUCCCAUGUGGCAAGAAAGGAGACAGUGAAUUUUGUCAAACAAUAAAAAUGUGUCAGGAACACAAGGAUGAAGGGGAUGUCAUUUGCCUGGUAAGAACUGGGUUAUUUCUACUGAAAUUUUUUAUGUUUAAAGAAAUUAAGAUUUUAACCUUUACUUUUGAAUUUUGCAAAGUUUGCUAGUCUGCUUAGUCAGCAGUCUGUGGUAAUGCUGCUAAAAGCAGAGUAUUAAUCUGGUAAUUUAUUUUGUUCACAGAAUAAGUAAGCCCUAUGUCUGGAAGAAUCCAUUUGGCAAUUGAAAUUAUACAAGCAGGAUCUAAUUUAAUUUUGAUUGACUGAAGAACCAGGGUCUUUUGCUCUCCUUUGGUAUUUCACUCUCCUUUGGUAUUCAAUCAUGUGUCUUUCAGUGCUUUUUAAAAUUUUACCCAUUCUUUAAUUUAGUGUCUCCAUAUGUGUGUGUCAUAGAAUACUUAGUUCUGCUAGAUAUUCUGCAAAUAUAUUUGGGAAUUGCUUCCUGCUGUUUUGCCUUCUUAGAUUCAUAGUGCACAUCAGCAUAUGAGAAUCUCUGAGAGGUCUUCUAGAAAGGAGAGAAAAAGCACCUCUUUUGGCUCAAUGUUUUCCAAACUUAUUUGACCCCAAAACCUUUUUAUAUACCCAAUAAUAAGCUACAGAACUAAUAUUCUGCAAAUGACUCUUGGAACACACUGCCUUAAACAGAUAUUUCUAUAGCUAUCAGUAUAGUUAAGCUCCCAAGCCUAGUUAUCUCCAGUUGUUUUAAGGGUGUUAUAAAAAAUUCUUAAAAUCUAUAUGAAUUUGUGUAACACACACAGAGACACACACACACAUAUACACACAUACUACUUUAAGGGGGUGAGGGUCACUAAUUCAGAUAAUUUUUAAGUUGUCUAGUGAUUCUCAAUCUCUUUGAAUUUUACUUAUAUUUAUACACACACACACAUAUGUAUAUACACAUAUCAUUUUAAGAAGGUGAGGGCCGGGCGCGGUGGCUCAAGCCUGUAAUC